AAGCUCUCGAGACACCCCCCUCGUGGAUAUGGAAGGUCACCACCGGAAGAAGGUCACAGGCUUUAAAUCCAAGAUGGCGACUCCCUUGUGUCAGUGUUACCAGAUAUGUGUCCGAAGAGGGUUGGUGGCUUUCCCGUCCUCUUACCUGCUGCUACACAACAGACCCAAUGUCUACAGGAUACAUGGGCUCCUCACAUGCUCUUCACAGGUGCCUCAGUCAGCCCUCCUGCAGGUGAGGUAUUUGUCAGGGGAGAGAGGCAGUGGCAGAAAAGGUUUCAUGGGAGAGCUUCUGGAAAACAUUAAACAGGAGCUAAACAAGAAUAAAGAAAUGAAAGACAACAUCAAGAAGUUCCGAGAAGAGGCAAAAAAACUGGAGGAGUCGGAUGCAUUGAAACAAGCUCGAAGGAAAUAUAAAACUAUAGAAUCAGAAACAGUGAAGACCACCGAUGUUCUCAGGAAGAAAUUGGGAAACAUCUCUGAAACAGUUAAAGAGGGGCUAGAGGAGGUCAGUCGUACAGAUAUUGGGAAGAAAAUCAAGGAUGGAAUGGAAGAAGCGGCCAAAACGGCGAAGACCUCAGCAGAGUCAGUUUCUAAGAGUGGAGAGAUAUUGGGGAAGACUGGUGCGUUCAGAGCAAUAUCACAGGGCAUGGAGAGUGUGAAGAAAGAGAUCGAUGACCUGGGUCACACUGGCCCUUAUCGGCCUCCUGCCAGACUCAGGAAGAGGAGUGAGUUCUCCUCUAAGGGGGCAGGGGAUGACAGCAAGGUCUUCGAAGCCAAUGAGGAAGCAAUGGGUGUUGUGCUCCACAAAGACUCAAAAUGGUACCAGCAGUGGAAGGAGUUCAAAGACAACAACAUGGUCUUCAACAGGUUCUUUGAGAUGAAGAUGAAGUACGAUGAGAGCGACAACGCCUUGAUCAGAGCAUCUCGUGCUGUUACUGACAAGAUGACUGACCUCAUAGGUGGGCUGUUUUCCAAAACUGAGAUGUCUGAAGUACUAACAGAGAUUUUGAAGGCAGAUCCAUCCUUCGACAAAGAUUCAUUUCUUAAGCAGUGUGAACGAGAUAUCAUCCCAAAUAUAUUGGAGGCAAUGAUCAGAGGGGAUCUAGAGGUGCUGAAGGACUGGUGUUAUGAAGCGACAUACAGCCAGCUGGCACACCCUAUUCAGCAAGCCAAGGCCAUGGGACUUCAGUUCCACUCUCAGAUCCUGGACAUUGACAAUAUUGAUUUGGCCAUGGGGAAGAUGAUGGACCAGGGUCCAGUGCUGAUCAUCACCUUCCAGGCUCAGUUAGUCAUGGUGAUUCGAAACACCAAAGGAGAAGUGGUGGAGGGAGACCCUGAAAAAGUGAUCAGGAUGAUGUAUGUGUGGGCUCUGUGUCGAGACCAGGAGGAGCUCAACCCGUAUGCUGCCUGGAGAUUACUUGACAUCUCCGCCUCUAGCACCGAACAGAUCCUCUGAGACUCUUUGAUUUGCACAAAACACCCGGACAGAGAGAAUACUGUACCUGAAGGGGCCCUGGAGCUGGCUUGGAAGAAGGGUGGGGGUGGUACAGGGAUGAGGGACAGACAAGUGCGACACAGGCUCACUUCACAAUGGAAACAUUGUGGAAGAGUGUUGCUGAACGCUAGGUGCUUCACUUUUUCUUUUCUUUUUUUCCUACACUGGCUACGGGUUCAGUUACUACAAUCCCUGGAUAAAUCUAACUGUACCUCUGGCUCACACUAGGGGGCAGUAGAUACCAACGACUGUCAUUCACCGUACUUUUUUGCAUCAGCUGUAUGGCUGCCCCGUUUAUUGCAAUGGCUUUCCUUUUGUUGAAGCUGUAUGGUGCAGGGCAACUGUUGUUUAUUAUGAAUAUUAUGAAAUUACUUAGGACUGAGCCCUGGAGAUGUCCCUCUCUGUCACACUUUCUCUGUCCAUCAGUCCCCAACACUCUUUGUUCCUCUCUCUUGCUGGUGUUGUGGCCAAUCAGUGCUUUCCUAGAUCCUUGUUUGUACGAUAAUCAUCCACUGUAAUUGUUAAGAAUGUACGAAAGUCUAUAUUUAUUAUGAAAAAUAAAGAUGACCCCUGUUUUUCACACUAACAGACAUUUAUAAAAAUAAGUUUCUUUCAAGUAUUGUUACUCUUCUCUACAAAUGGUUAAGCUUCUCUACUGAUCUCAAGGAUACCACGUGAUUCCUUCUAGGGCAGUCACUAAUUAUUUUUUUAAAUUAAAUCCUCCUGUGGGAUUAAUGUGUUUCCUUUGGGAAAAA